AUAGCUUGUUAUUAAAGGUACCUCAUCGUUCUCACCUGCAAACCACAUCAUUUCUUCUCUCAACCAUGGCGGAACUCAGCUUCUUCGUCGGCGUAAUAGGCAACGUCAUCUCCGUUCUUAUGUUCCUUUCCCCGGUCGGAACAUUCUGGCGGAUUAUAAAGAAGAAAUCGACGGAGGAGUUCGAGAGCUUUCCGUACGUUUGCACUUGGCUGAACUCUUCUCUCUGGACUUACUACGGUGUUAUCAAGCCUGGAGCCUACCUCGUCGCCACCGUAAAUUCCUUUGGCGUUGUUGUACAGUCUUUCUUCCUCGGCGUUUUCCUCAUCUACGCACCGUCGGCUAUGAAGGCGAAGACUGGAAUUAUGGUAGGGAUUCUGGAUAUCGGCUUCUUUGCGACUGCGAUUGUGGUGAGUCAAUUACUGUUAGACGGUGAAACGCGUAUUGGAGCCCUAGGGUUUGUUUGUGCAGGCCUUAACAUCAUUAUGUACGGCUCGCCGCUCUCUGUCAUGAAAACGGUGAUAAAAAAUAGAAGCGUGGAGUAUAUGCCUUUCAUGCUAUCGUUCUUCUUUUUCUUGAACGGAGGAAUCUGGACUUUCUAUGCUUUUCUCUUGAGCGAUUGGUUUCUUGCAGUUCCAAAUGGGAUAGGAUUAGGGUUGGGAUUAGCACAGAUUGCUAUCUAUGGAGUUUACAGAAAUGCCAAGCCACUGCCAUUGAAGACCUCAAUCCGAACUCAACAAGAACAAGACUCGCAAACCCAACCCCUCAUUUCUUCUUCAAAUCCUGAACCCUAAUUUCGGGUCAUCUCUUCUUUCAUCGAUAUAAUUCUUUUUUGUUGAAGAAUUUGAGUUUGUUUUUGAAGGCUGUAAGUCAUCAUGAAACAUUAGGUGUCCAUACAUGUAUGCGCUAUAUACCUACCAUGGUUAAAUCCUUUCCGUAUCAAUCACUUGUUUACUA